ACAGGGGGUUGACAGAAAAAUACCUCGGAGGAUGGCGUACAGCUGGAACAAUCGAGUCGAUUUCAUUGUACGGUUUCUUUACGACACGGAUAAUAAUGGUAUACUGGAGAAGCACGAUUUCGAAUGUAUGGCGCUAAAGAUGACUCUGAUCGAGGGUAAAGGAGAGUUCAGUUACGGUCGAUAUCAGGAAAAUCUUCAUAUCAUGCUUUCUUUAUGGGAAGAAAUUGCAGAGCUCGCGGACUUCAACAAGGAUGGUAUUGUAACUAUCGAGGAAUUUAAAGAAGCAGUGCAGAAAAGUUGCGUCGGACGAGAGUACCAAGAUUUCCCACAAGCGAUGAAAAUGUUUAUCGAUAGUCAUUUCAAAAUAGUAGAUUUAAACGGUACGAAACACUCGUACUCAUGUCUCAUAACAAAGAAUGCAUCGUUGAAUCUUUCAGACGAUGGUGUAAUCGCUGCCGACGAAUUUCGUUAUAACUGCGUAACAAGGAUUCCAGUGGACAACGUAAACAUUUUAGACGAAGCCUACCAGAAUCUUCUCAAUGACGACGACAGGAGGCGCGGAGGACUGACUCUAUCUCGUUAUCAAGAAUUAUACGCUGAAUUCCUUGGAAAUCCGGACGAAAAUUGUGCGGCAGUGCACCUCUUCGGCCCCCUGCACGUUAUGGGUUAAUUGUUCGGAGAUCACUGUGAUCCGCGUACACGUACAAAAGACAACUAUACUGUAUUUAAUAUAACUGUUAUUUAAUUACGUAAGGACAUGAUGCAAUAAAUCCUAUAUUUUAUCGUAAUGGUUAUCAUUUUUUGUUUGAAUCAGUACGUGUACGUGUAUGCUUGGCAUGUUGUGCCACUACAACCCUCACACUUUUGUUACCCUCAGAUCAUAAAUAACGACGUUGAAAGAUACACGAGACAUUUGUAUUGUAUAAACAGAAAAAAGUUUAUUUGUAUUAAGUGUUAACGCGUUCUCACGUUACUCAGACAUCUCUUUGGUAGUAUUCUGUUCAUUAUACGAAUUUAAUACUGAAAUUGCUGCAGUGAUAUGUAAUCUGUUGAACACGAUUAAACUCGGGCAUAAUUGUA